AUUUUAUUUAUCAUAAAGAAACAGUAAAGGGUUUUUGAAGCCGCGAGAAAUAUUCGCCGUCGCCGAUAUCGGGAAACACACAAGAAACUUGAAGCAAUCUUCCGCAACUCCUGUUUUUUUCUUAUAUGUCCGUAGAGAGGGAGAGAAACAAUGGGAAUCAUAGAACACGGAGCGGUCUCAGGUACCUUGCCAAGCAAGGAGGCCUUUGUAGUGCACUUCCCUGGAUACCCAUCAUCUAUUCCCCGAGCCAUUGAAACCCUUGGAGGAGUUCAAGGGAUUACUGAGGCAAGAGGAUCAAUUUCAAACAAGCUUGAGUUGCGUUUCCGGCCAGAGGAUCCUUACGCACAUCCUGCAUUGGGAGAACAACGUCCUUGCAGCGGGUUUUUGUUGAAAAUUUCUAAGCAAGAUAUCAAGAAACCUGGAAGCCAACCUGUUGUUGCCACUAGUGAUGUAUGUUUGAAGGAGGCUAGUCCAGCUCUCUGUGCAGAUAUUGUCGCUCGUGUUUCCGAUGCAUUUCACUUCGAUGGCAUGGCUGACUAUCAGCAUGUUAUUCCUAUUCACGCGGAUAUAGCGCGGCAGAAGAAGAGAAAGUGGAUGGACGUGGAUCCCCUUGCAGGAGGCAGUGAUUUGAUGGAGUUGGCUGAUGAAGAUGUUAUGAUGUUAUUGCCACAGGUCUUUGCACCCAAAGAUAUACCUGACAACUUGGCGUUGAAACCUCCGGCAACUUCUGGCCCCAAAAAGAAAGAUGAUGCGGCCACUCAGAACUUUUAUGAGAUGGAUAUUGGCCCAGUAUUUGCAAUUGAUUUUAGCGUCAAAGAUAUCCCAAAGAAUCUAAACUGGGAAGAAUUUGUAUCUCCCAGCUCGCACCACUGGCAAUGGCAGGUAUCACUCUCUGCAUUGUUUGAAGAGCGUCCUAUUUGGACCAGAGACUCUGUUGUUCAACGAUUACUUGAUAAAGGUCUUAAAUGCACACAUCAUAUGUUAAACAGGUAUCUGCUCAGGGCUGCGUAUUAUUUCUCAAACGGUCCGUUUCUUAGGUUCUGGAUUAAAAGAGGCUACGAUCCACGGAACGAUCCUGAGUCUCGUGUAUAUCAGAGAAUGGAAUUCAGGGUUCCACCUGAGUUACGAAGUUAUUGCGAUGCCAAUGCAACUAACAAAUCAAAGCCAAGGUGGAACGACAUAUGUGCUUUUAAGUUAUUUCCUUUUAAAUGCCAAACGUUUCUGCAGUUAUUUGAACUCGACGACGAGUACAUCCAGCGAGAGAUAAGAAAGCCUCCCAAGCAGACUACUUGUAGCCACAAAACAGGAUGGUUCUCAGAAGCCUUGCUAGAUACUUUGAGGCUCCGUGUGGCUGUGAGAUUUGUGUCUGUGUUUCCUGAGCCAGGCUUCGAAGAUGUAUUUAAAUCCAUUCAAGAAGAGUUUGAGAGGUCAGAAAAAAUUCAAACCUUUAAAGAGACACAUAAACCAUCUCUAGUGAAGCACAAGGAGCCAACUAAAGGCUCUGAAGACAUGGAAAAGUUUAAAAGCACAAACGAUGAUGUUGAUGUUAUUGUUAAUGAGUAUGGAGAUGAUGAAGACCUGGAUGAAGAAGAGGAAGAAGAUGAAGAAGAACUAUAUGUGGUAAUAUAUACUGUAGAGAUAAAUUUAUGUUCACCCGCAAUGGUUCAGUGUUUCAAUGGUUCCUCUUCUGCCUUCUUAUUGCAGCCUACAGCAGACGAUGAGAUAUCUAUUGAUUCCCAUGGAUAUCUAGAUACUGAGAACAGCUCCAGAACGUAUCUUCAAGGCUUGUUCGAUAGCUUUCCAACGAGUGAACCUGGUUUGUAUGGAGACUUUGCUGUCGACUAUGGAGAGUUUCAGAUAUACGAAGAAGAAUCUGAUGAGAGUUUGUAUUCUAUUGAUGAUAAUGAUGGCGAGGAAGAAGAAGAUGAUGAUGCGUGAAGAUCAGUUCACACCACCCACCGGGUAAAGUAGGUUUUGUUCUAAUGAAUCUUCGUCCAGAAAUGAUGACUUCACAAGGCCUCUUGCUUGCAAGUUUCAACACAAAGCUACAAUUUGACAAUCUGUUUUUUUUUUUUUUUUUGCAUCUCCAGGAAACAAAAUAGAUUAAAGUUUCUACACCUCAAUUUUGAAAUCUAAGAUUCAAAAUAACAGAAAUUAUUUGUUUCUUUCCACAAAAACUCAAUUGUAACUCCUCUCCUGAAGUUCUGUUUUACUCUCCUGCUUCUCGACAUCUU